AUGCCACAGCAACCUGAUCACCACCCCAACCCCCUUCCUCUUUCUACCACCAUAAACCCAUCCUCAUCAUCAUCCGCAGCAGCAGCAUCAGCAGCAGCAGCAGCAGCAGCAGCAGGAACAGCAGCAGCACAAACAGCAGCAGCAGGAACAGCAGCAGCAGCAGCAGCUACAUCAUCAUCAUCCUCCGCAGCAGCAGCAGCAUCAUCACCAGAAGCAGCAGCCGCAUCAUCAUCAUCACCAUCACCAUCAUCCGUAGCAGCAGCAGCAGCAGCAGCUGCAGCAUCACCAUCCUCCACAGCAGCAACAGCAGCAGCAGCAGCAGCAGCAAGCGAAGAUGCCGGCAACAGCAGGAUGGUGGGUCACUUGUCUUACCAGUGCCGCAACUCUAUCCGUUUGGCUGAUCCGCAGCAAACAGAAAAACUCGCAAAAGAAUUAAAAAUUAAAGAACAGCAAGAAGACGAUGAGGUACAGCAGCAGCAGCAGCAGCAGCAGCAGCAGCAGCAGCAGCAGCAGGAGCAGGAGCAGCAGCAACAGCAGCAGCAGCAACAGCAGCAGCAGCAGCAGGAGCAGCAGCAGCAGUAG